GCGGGCCCCGAGCGGAGCCGAACAGAAGAGAGCCUUUCUCUGCGAGGGAAGGAGGCGGAGGCGGCUCUUGUUUUCUUUCGCGGCAGACUUAGCUCAGCUGGGCUGAGGGGACCGGCUGGCCGCCUUGCCCCGCCGGGUGCCAUGAGUGGGUCGGGGCUGCCCGGAGGCGGCGGCGGCGGCGGCGGGUCUGGGUUGCCUCCCCUGCCCAAGAGCCUGAGCGGCUUGUUGAAUUCUUCUUCGAGCGGGGUCGGCCCGGGCGGAGCAGGCGGGCGCUGGCGGGACCUGGAGCGGCUCUACGCGCAGAAGUCCCGCAUCCAGGACGAGCUGAGCCGCAGCGGAGGCGGCGGAGGGGGAAGGGGAUCCCCGCGGCCGCCCAAGCCUCCCAACCUGGACGCCGCUUUGGCCUUGCUGCGGAAAGAGAUGGUGAGCACCCGCCAGUUUUUGCUUUUUUUGCGUGUUUGUGCUUGGUGCAAGUCUACCGCCCCACCUCCUUUUUAAAACUGCUCAGUUUUGAGUCCCGGGACCUGGCUCGAGAACGUCGCCUCUGAGCGCGUGCAGAGUUCAAUUCCGGCGCCGGGAGGCUGUUGGCGAUUUCUGCUCCCCUGGCGCGCAUGCCGGUACGAUGCACACGGUGGAAAGGAAACCUUUUGUUUGUGGCAGGCAGGAUUCGAGUUUUCAUCCCAGCUCCUGGCGCAAAAAAAGGCAAAUGCUCUUCUCUACUGCGAUAGCAAGAGGUGGCAGCACCCCAGUUGCUGGAUCUGCUUCCCAAAAGGAAGUGAGAUUGGCCUCUUUUAGGUGGGCAGCUGAGGGGGCAAGUCCUAAGCCCUUGCCUGUGAGUAAGCACAUGGGUGUGGCCAGUGCUUUUUUUCUGGGGGUACGCAGGGGUACGCAUACCCCUAAACAUUUUGUGAAUCUCAGUUUGGCCUCAUUGAGGGGCAGUUUUUCAAUAUGAGUAGGAAAAUGAGAGUACAGUACCCCUAAACAUUUUUUUUAGAAAAAAAGCACUGGGGGGGGGGUCAGCUGUCCCCAAUCAACAACAAAAAACGGAGGUUCUGCCCCCCCCACGAAAGGCCUGCCCCCCCCCCCAAAUCCUGACUAUGCUCAUCAGUAAGCGCCAUUCAAUUCUGGGGAGAUAUGGUUAGGAAUGUGCAGUAAGACACUUUUCCACCAAGCCCUUAGUGUUUACCUGUUGCAGACUCGUUAUUUUGCUCUCUUCUUACUUUAAUACUGUUUUUAGUUGUAGAGUUUUUAAUUCUUGUAAAUUGCAUUUGGGGCUCCCUCUUAGGUCCAAAAGGCCGUAUAUACACAUUUUUUAGGGAUAAAGAUAUAAAAUCUAUUUUUAGAUAGAUUUAAAAGCGAUAAAGGUGGAAACUGGAAGCUGUUUUGCUUAUUAAUCACUAUGGCUACCUUAGCUGUGCUGAAGACCUUGGGCAGACCCUGUGGAAUUUUUAUACUUAUUUAUUUACCCUUUGAACAGUUGUGAAACUGAGGAGUUCAAAUGGAGAAUUGCCAGGAGGUAAAGGGGGGUGGGGGGGGCUGCCAGUCUAGAAUGACAAACCCAAAGGAUGCAUAGAGCUAGUUGUGCAAUUCUUUGGGCCUAAGCCUGUGAUGGUUAUCCAAGUUGCAGUUAAUGGAUGCAAGACCUAUCUAGGGAUUGUGACUGAAACAUUCCUCAUGUGAGAGAGAAAAAGAAAAAGAAACUCAAAUCAAAAGAUUGGCAAACCAAAAAAAAAACCACCUUGAUAGCAUCUGAAGUAUGUCGCUAUUAUCUUCCCUUUUAAAACUCUUUUCUCAUUCUGUCCUUCUCUUUGUUUCCUUCUAAAAUUCUUCUAAAAUUUUCAUUCUGCACUCUAGUCAUAGUUGCAUAUUGUACAAGCACACACCUGUUCUUUAUAUUCACUAUUUGGAUCAGAAGUGUUUUGUUCUGUUUCAGAAACUGGAAUGUGACUUCUAGUAAGCAGGCUGCUUCUUUCCCACCUUUGACUUGUCUUCUGAAAUGUAGGUUAAUUGGCUUAAUGGGCUUUUACUUUGCACAAGAUUGGUACUUGGGCUGUGCACCAGAUUGCUUACAGCAGCAGAUUCACAUUGGUUUUUAAAUGUGACUAAAAACUGAAGUGUUUCAAAUAUUGUUACACUAGCAGAUCAUGUAAGCAAACAAAGUAUGGGCUAGAUUCAUUUUGAAUAUCAAGCAUGGCUUUUUGUCUUAUAAACCUAUAAAUCAAGUUAAGAAUGAAUCCUUUCAUUGUCCCAGAAAAGCUUUUGCAAAACCCGCAAUCCAAAAGGUUUUCCCAUUUUAAGUGGUACACAUAUGCCUUUCAUGAGACAAAAGCUUCAGGUUAAACAAGCGACAUUGCUCUUAGUGAAACAUGACUGAAUUAUUAGGUAUGCAAAACUUUUCCUCUGGAUCAGUAACAUGAAACUUCCAAAGGCAGCAGAGAUCUAUGCCUGUCUGGCACACCCCUGAUUAAGUAAUCUGGAGCUAUCUUUUUUCCUGCUGUAGGAAGGAAGUUGCAAUGGUUGACAAGUUUUCGUAGAAUUAGGAUGUCAGCUCAUGAAUACGCACAGCAUGUGAUCACUCUAAAUCUGGCUAUUUUAAGAUGUGAUUAAAAGGUAUUUUCUCUUUGCAGUAUUUGUGGGAUACUGCUAUCAAUCUGCACAUGGUCCUUGGAAACAGAACAUGAAAGCAUCAUAGCAUUGUCUAGCUCGGGCCAUAUGUGGUGUACGUAUGGCGCACUGUAUGUUAGGAUCCUGUAAACUCCCUUCAAAAAACAGCAAAGUAUCACUUUAAAAUACAGAGUAUUAGAGUCAGACAUCUUCUCUUACACAUGUCCUCUUUGCAUUCAUAACAGUGCCCACCAAUCACAAUGUUGCAUACUGAUGACACCCUCAGCUUCGCUGCACAAGGAAGAAAUUAUGUGUGGUGAUGGUGAAACAUCAACAUCACCUUGCCCAACCACACAGAUAAGAUACAGCACUGCAAACACAUACUAGAGUGCCCUUACCACUGUGAACCACUCUGGUGCAUCAAGUCCAAAUCCCAUAACUGGGAUCCCUGCAGGUGCCCUUGCACCAUGCACAUGGGCCGGAGAUCAGCCUUUGGACAGGAAAACAUACAGGAAGGAUGGGCAUUCCUGGCAUAUCACCCAGCCUCACUUUUGCAUGGUGAACCUUUGGCCUCCCCUUGGCAACCGUUCAGCCCCUGAUGGGGAAAGAGUGCCUUUGUGAGAAAGAAAAGAGAUCUUUUGCAUGGUAGAAGGAAUGGAGAUACCAGGUGGUGGGUGUGUAAACAGAGUAAGAGGAGCUGGGGCAGUGGAUUUUAGCUCUCCAUUAGCUUCAGUAGGAAUGUUUUUAAUUUACACACAGCCAAGCUUGGGGAAGCUUUGAAAACCUGUUGUUCCUCCUCCUGACACACUGCCCAUUUUUUAUCACUCUGCUGGUGGAAUUGCACCCCGUAAGCCUGGUGCUAUGCCAGUGUCAAUACCCAUCACCACUGUUUAUCAUCAGCUAGUGCAAAGAAACCGACUGGCAUUUUGACACCCCUCUCAUCUGCAGUACAUGGUGCAUAGCUUAUUACUGUACUACAAUUUGAAACUGUAGAUAUUCCUGACUUCACUAAUGCCAUUGCUAGUCAGAAGGUGUAUUUAUGGAAUCUGGAGCCUGGCUGCGUGGUUUCUAUUUAAUGUUGAGAUUAUAUCUCAAAGGUAAAAAACAAACAAACCCUAAUUAGAUGGUAUCACACCCUCCACUAUAAAUCUUACUUGUAUCUUUUGGAUAGAAAAUGAAAUUGUAUGUUCUGGUAAGAGAUAUAAACCCAAUUGUUUAGAUUGCUUUUCUGAUGAUACCUAGCCUGCAUAUUUGUCUUGCUCAUCCUUUACCCACUUUUACUUAUAAUUCUUAAUCUUGCCACCCCCACAAAUACCUGCAGUUGUUGUUUACCUAUGAUUCAUUUCUGUUUUCCUUAUGAAUAACUAGUUGAACUGUAACACGGCUAGCCUUGCAAGUUAGUUUUGCCCAUUAGUGGGAGGUGAGUGUUUUGCUUUGAAGGGCAAAUGAGAAGUCAUCACUAGAUCCACCUUAAGGGGAGAAAAGCAAGCUUAAUUUCUGGUAGUAAUAUCAUUUUUGAAAGGCAGAAUAAAAUAAUGUGCUAUGAUCUUGGACACUGCAAUGCCUAUGCUAUUUUUCUUUCUCUACUUCGGGGCCAGGGGGGGAGCCUGGCAUGAGUUGUGUGAAAGGCAAGAAUGAAUGAUAUGAGGUGUUUGAUUAUAUUCAUAUUAUUUUCCUAAAUGUCCUUGUGAAAAGCUGCCCGUAUAAGCUGAAGGUAGUUGCAUAUGGCUAAAAAACAGAAGUCCUAUGGACCAAAAAGUUAAAUACAUUAAAAAGAACAUUUAUGGCAUAGUGCAGAUAAUACAAAGUACUCUUGUCUUCCACAUUCAUUCAGUUCUCCAUUACUGUGUAGGAAGGAAGGAGGCAGGUAAUAUAUGAUGAAGUAAGCCCUGAAAGAAGUUCUGUAAAAUGCUCAAAGACUCUUGUUAUACCUUGGGCAGUUUCUGUAUUUAAUUCAAGAAUUUAAGCGUUCAGAACAACCUGGCUUUGUACUUCAUUCCUGUCCUUACUUUAAGUUACCCAGCUUCUGAUGGAGCUCUCUUUUAAAAUGCUUGUGUGAAAAGCUGGGAGUAAAUAGGAUGAAAUUGUUGUAGUAGCUGGCUGCCCUCCACAAGUGCUACAGCAAGCAAGCAUCAAACUGAGUGUUCUUCAAGGGGCAGACACUCAAGAUUUUCUGGGCCCAUGUGGAUUAUGGAUUUUGCCCUACUUGCAAAAGAGGGCAUACAUUUGCAUACGUUUUGUGUCAUACGCAAAUUUGCAUUCUCUUUUGUAGGGUGGAGGACCAUAAGAUAAAUCGGGGGCCAUACAGGAAUAACAUGUCUGUCCAACAGAAUGGGUGGUAUCCAGCUGACUGCUUCCAUUAGUGCAAAUAUUUCUCUGUUUUUUCCCCCCUCCACACUCCCCAAAUUUGCUUUGGGAACCCCCAGAACAGAUAUGAGGGGUGUAAGGAAUGGAGAUGGGGAAGUUCUGGAUUUCUAUAUAAGGAAAGGCAUAACCUGUUAAAUUACUGCUUGCCACAUAGCCGUUAAAGGCACAAAAGCUCAGUUCUCCCUCAAUGCUAACCCUAAACCAUGCAAAGAACUCAUGUUCCAUGAUUUGUAAACCCCUUAUGAUACUGUAUAUCUGUCAUCAAUUAAUCUUAGGCUAGCAAUACCUCAUUCAGUACAAGACCAGACAUGGUGUUUCAGCCGGCUGGCAGUGGGGGUCACAAGAGAUUUUAAAUUUACAGUUAUUUUGGUUCAGAUGCCUAUUCUUGGGUAAAGAUUACCGUACAUUGUUUUAAAGGAGGAGUGUCUUUUAGGAGCAUAUGUUACAGCUAUUUAUUUAUACCUAGUAAAAACUACAACAAUAUUACCAGCCAAGGUGAAACAGCCAUCUUUUCUUCUUUUUAAGCAAAAAGGAGUAGUUGAUCCUUUGACAUGAAUAUAUUCAUUUAAGUGUAUUAAGUGCAGCACCUUGCUCCCAAGAAUCCCCGUUUCCUUCCCCCCAUGAGUGGAAAAGCAAUCACCUUCCAUGUUGCUGCUACACCUCCCCAGCUUCAUUUCUGUAAAAACAGAGGCACACACUUUUACGAGACUAGAAUACACUGAGCUACACUGCAGGGUUGUCAUACGGUAUUAUCUUCCGCCUCCCCGCUAUCCAAGCAAUAUCAGCACAGCAACACAACUUUUUUGCAAGGAUGCUAUAACCCACACUUUCCCAACCUCACCACACCCUCCCCCUGAGGCAAUAUGGAUAGAGUAAUGAUGGGUUGUAUUUAUAUUUGCAUUGGUAGGAUUUUUUAAAGUUUGCAUACUCAGGGGAAAAAUAAACUAGAGUUCAAAAGAGAAUGGACUCUUUUCUUUGCUGGUACUUUUUGCUUUGGGGUAGACAUGUUGUUGCCCAAUCACAGCUAUGCUAAAAUCCUGGAUUUCUCAAUUAUUUUCUUUGUGCAACAACCACUUAUAUACCAAGGAAGAUGAACAGGCACCCUCAGAAUGAAGCAGACAGUCUCUGGAGAACAGUUGAGUCAUACAAGUACCAGAGAAGAAAGACCCCAACAUGGCUUCAAAAUGAAUGUGGAAGUCUUUUCCCAUCGACCCUUAAUUUCUCAAGAGCACUUGUGAAUCAGAGCUCUGCUUCAUGCAUGGGGGGGGGGGCGGCACUGAAAGGCAGGAAUAGUAUCAUAUCUCACAAAGCGAUUGCUUUGAAUGGUACCUACACACUUUGCUUCAUAAUUUUCAUUCUACAAGGGCUAGAGACUACUGCCCCCCCCCUGCCAACCAAUCAAAUGAAAGUGUGGAGCUGGGCCUGAUACAGCAGUCAUCCCUGCACCAGUUUGUCAGAAUUGGGUUCUGUUGAUUUCCUAUGAAGUAGAAUUCAAAGGGAGGAGGGAGAGAACACUGAAUGUUUCCUCAAUUCAUGCUUUCGUUCCCAUGAAGUUGCUUCUCUCCCAUAGGGACACACUGUCUAGAACCUUCCCCCAGUGGAGUAAAAAACAAAAAGGAGGGAGUAUCAGUCCCUCUUCUCCCACCAGCCCAAGGUGCACCUUAAACUACAUUUAUUUCCCCACUUUAUAAGAAAUUGGCAGUGAGCCACUUCUGACACAGGUCUGUGCUAAUCACAUCUGGUUUCUCCUUAAUGCAGCAUCAGCCUAUGGUUACACAGAUCCUCUGCUAUUAAAGAGGGCAUGGUAACAUGACUUAAGCAUCAGGAAUGUUUUGCCACGCUGCUUCCUGCAUACUCCAGCUUCCCCCACAGCUGUUUCUUCCUUACUUCGGCAGGGUGGAAUCUCCCACGUAAUUUAAUUAUCCUUGCUCAUAUUGUGUAAUUGUCAGGUACAACACUGAUCUUCUGAGUGAAGUCAUUGUGGGGAGCAAAAUGUGCAAGCACCAGCAUUUUAGAAGUAAAAUUAAGCCAUAAAUACUAAUAUGUGUGUGUGUUCUCUUCUACAAGGUUGGUCUCCGGCAGCUAGAUAUGUCAUUAUUAUGUCAACUAUACUCCCUUUAUGAGUCAAUUCAAGAAUAUAAAGGUGCCUGCCAAGCUGUAUCAAGUGCAGACUGUGCAUAUGCUCUGGAAAAUGGCUUUUUUGAUGAAGAGGAGGAAUAUUUCUAAGAACACAGCCGUUCCCUGGAGUAGAGCUGAGAUCAUCGGCGUCUAAUUGGAACUUAAAGUGCAUUCCUGCCUUGUGCUGAAGAAAAGACGCUCAGCUACUUUGCAGCCCAUUUAUUUCUGGCAUGCUGUCAACCCGAGUUACACAUUGUGUGAAUCCUCCUUUAAGGAAAGCCAUGUGCGACAAAUUUUAAGGCGUCCUCAAGCAUGUUUGACAGGCCAUGUCAGUAUAAUUUGUGAACUGGGUCUUUCCAGUUUGCACAUGUUGGAAAAUAACUUUCUAUUAACUGUGGCUUGGGUUCAUGCAAGGAAGAAAUGACAUCUGGAGUGUUCUGACAUGUAAAACAUUAUUAGUAAUAAUUAUAUAUGUAUUUUGUAAACAUUUGAAUAGUCUUUGAACUGAUGUUAUGACUUUUUAUAGAAAAUCUUGUUAAAAACUCAGAGCAUUGAGGACCAACAUGUACCUUCUCCAGUACUGUAUUAGAUAGACUUUUAAAAAUCUCAGAUACACUUCUGAAAGCCUCUUACCAUAUUCUUUUCCAUUCCAAAGUUUACAAAUGUUAGGAAUCCUACCCUCUUUCCCCAGUGAUCAGUUCACUCUUUCACUCACAUAAGUUUUAGCUAUUUUAAUCCAAUCAAUUUAAAGUUUUGUAACACUUGGUAUAUUUUUACACAAAUACAGUGAAAGCAAAUGGGUCUUCCUUUUUGUGAGCUUAUAUAAGUGUAAUUAGAUUGCUUAUUCAGUGAAUAGUAAUAUAAAUUUCACACAAACUGAGACCAACAGCAGUAUUUUAUACUCCUUAAUGCUUGGAAGAGAGCUGUGAACUUUGUAUCUUAUAAAUCCAAAGGAUGUGUACAAAUUAUUUGUAGGUUUGUUUUUUUAUACUAUUGUAACAGAAAACUCAAGCUUGACCUGUAAUUUAUUAAACUUUAUACCAAA